CUGCUCAUCUUUGACGGCCUGGAUGAAAGCAGACUUUCUCUGGACUUCAGAAACAAUGAGGUUGUGUCUGAUGUCUCACAGCAGUCCUCAGUCAACGUGCUGCUGACAAACCUCAUCAGGGGGAAGCUGCUUCCCUCGGCUCUCGUCUGGAUAACUUCCAGACCUGCAGCGGCCAAUCAGAUCCCUCCUGAGUGUGUGGACAGGGUGACAGAAGUACGAGGCUUCACUGACGCCCAGAAGGAGGAGUACUUCAGGAGGAGAUGGAGUGAUGAAGACCUGUCCAGCAGAAUCAUCUCUCACAUCAAGAGCUCCAGGAGCCUCCACAUCAUGUGUCUGAUCCCAGUCUUCUGCUGGAUCACUGCUGCAGUUCUGGACCACAUGUUGACUACAGACCAGAGAGGAGAGCUGCCCCAGACCCUCACUGACAUGUACUCACACUUCCUGCUGGUCCAGACCAAGAGGAAGAAGCAGAAGUAUGAAGAGGGACAUGAGACGAGUCCACAGCAGCUGACGGAGGCUGACAGGGAGAUUCUUCUGAAGCUGGGGAGGCUGGCGUUUGAACAUCUGGAGAAAGGAGACAUCAUGUUCUACCAAGAAGACCUGCAGCGCUGUGGUCUUGACGUCACCGAGGCCUUGGUGCACUCAGGAGUUUGUACACAGAUCUUCAAAAGAGAGAGAGUGAUCUUCAGGAAAACAGUCUACUGCUUUGUUCAUCUGAGCAUUCAGGAGUUUCUGGCUGCAGUCUACAUGCUGCACUGUUACACCAACAGGAACACAGAGGUACUGAAGCACUUCCUGCAGGGAGACUAUGACAACAGCAGAGAUCAGGAUUACCCAUCCCUGCCUGUCUUCCUGGAGGGAGCCAUGGAGAAAUCCCUCCAAAGUGAAAAUGGCCACCUGGACCUGUUUGUCCGCUUUCUCCACGGCCUCUCUCUGGAGUCCAACCAGAGACUCUUAGGAGGCCUGCUGGGUCGCACAGACAACAGACCAGAAACCAUCCAGAGAGCCAUCAGCAACCUGAAGGAGAUGAGAAGUUCUAAAAUCUCUCCUGACAGGAGCAUCAACAUCUUCCACUGUCUGACAGAGAUGAAGGACCUCUCAGUACAUCAGGAGAUCACAGAGUUCCUGAAGUCAGAGAACAGAUCAGAGAAAAAACUCUCUGAGAUCCACUGCUCUGCUCUGGCCUACAUGCUGCAGAUGUCAGAGGAGGUUCUGGAUGAGUUGGACCUGGAGAAGUACAACACAUCACGGGAGGGACGACUGAGACUGAUUCCAGCUGUGAGGAACUGCAGGAAGGCCAAACUUAGUGGCUAUGGACUCUCAGGGACUGAAUGUGAAGUCGUGGCCUCAGCUCUGAAGUCUGACCCCUCUCAUCUGAGAGAUCUGGACCUGGGUCAGAACAUUCUGAUGGAUUCAGUAGUGGAGCUGCUGAGUUCUGGACUAAAGAGUCCAAACUGCAGACUGGAGGCUCUCAGACUGUGGGGCUGCAGUCUGUCAGAGAUCAGCCGGGCUGCUCUGAUCUCAGCUCUGAAGUCCAACAUCCAUCUGAGACAUCUGGACCUGAGUGAGAACGAUCUGCAGGACUGA